AUGUUUCUAGGCCAGACCGAGGUCAUCGAGAGCAACGGUGCAUCUGAGGACGACUUCCUGGCCCGCGAGCGAGCUGUACUCGGUGAAGAUGCCGACCAAUUCGCAACCCCUCAAGAUCACGUUGCGGCCCACGAGGGUGUAGAUGGCGGAGAUGACCUACUGGGUGACGGAGGCGACUAUACACCCGCGGAAGAGAUUGGACAAUUCGAGUCCUCUUUCCCUUCAGUGGAGACUCAGGCACAGAACGAGAGAGUUGCCCCUGGUGGAACAAUCACCGGAAGUGGCUCCCCCUUCCCUGCCACUGGAUAUAGCUCUCUGGAGCCCGAAGAGGAGGCAGAACCCAUCCGGGAAUGGCGUGAGAAGCGCGAUGCUGAGAUCACCCAUCGCGCAAAAAUCUCGGAAGAGAAGAAGCAAGCCACCGAGAAGAAGGCCCAGGAGGACGUCGACGACUUCUACGUUUCGUACAAUAACAAACUAGAGAAGCAAAAGGCCCAGACCCGCUCCGAGGCCGAACAGUUCCUGGCUAGCCGUGAGGACACCUCGGCCGGUGGAACCUCCUGGGAGCGCAUCGCCAAGCUAGUUGACGUUUCGGGCAAGGGCUCCGCCGGCGGUGCCAGCGGCUCGGGUAAGGAGCGCUUCCGUGAACUGUUGAUCGAUCUGAGGAAAGACCAGGAGGCCCCGGGCUCUAGCGGUAUCUAA